ACACACACAGACAACACGCACACAUUUCGUGUUGGCGGCUCUACAGAACCCGGCAGUCGAUAAAAUAAGUGGGUGGGAAAGUCGUGAAAUGCUCUGUAAAUAAAUACUCAAUUGUCUGUUUAGUUGGCGAAAAUGAAAGGAUAUCUAAUUUUUUCCCUGCUUCUCCUUUCAACUCUCUCGUCCGGAAAGACCGGCUCCAAGAGUGCCCUCAUUGACGACAUCACCGACAUCAAGGACUUCAAGAAGCUUCUUCGGACAAAGAACAAUGUCCUGGUGCUCUUUGUGGGCUCCACGAAGGAGAAUCAAGCAACAAUCCGGGUGUUCCGGGAGACGGCAGAUGUAAUCAAGGGUCAAGGAACUUUGGCGCUUUUCGACUGCUCAAACAGCGAUGUGAAGAAGAUAUGUAAGAAACUCAAAGUCAGUCCCGAACCAUUUGUUAUCAAGCACUUCAAGGAUGGUGACUUCCACAAAGACUACGACCGGAAGGUUGCUGUUAGUAGUUUUGUUAACUUCAUGAGAGAUCCUGCUGGGGAUCUGCCGUGGGAAGAAGAUCCAGUUGGGGCAGAUGUUGUGCAUGUCCCGGAUGCGAAUACUCUGGAAAAAUUCCUGAAGAAAGAAACAAAGCCAAUUCUCGUAAUGUUCUACGCACCCUGGUGUGGCUAUUGCAAAUCUCUCAAGCCAGAAUACUCUGCUGCAGCCACUGAACUCAAGGAUAAGUACAUCCUAGCGGCUAUUGAUGUCAAUCGUCCUGAAAAUUCCGUGAUCCGAAAACUCUACAACAUCACUGGCUUCCCGACACUUCUCUACUACGAGGGCGGAAAGAUGCGUCACACGUUUGAAGGAGAGAACAACAAGGCAGGUCUUAUCUCCUUUAUGGAGAACCCAGCAAAGAAGGCCAUUCAGAAAGCACCUGAACCAGAUUGGGCCAGUGAAACCACAUCUGAUGUUGUUCAUCUCACAGCAACUUCCUUUGAGCCAGCACUCAAGGAUGAAAAAUCCGUGAUGGUGAUGUUCUAUGCUCCCUGGUGUGGGCACUGCAAGCGAAUGAAGCCAGAGUAUGAGAAAGCAGCAUUGGAAAUGCGUGAGGAGGGAAUUCCCGGUGUCCUAGCGGCUGUUGAUGCUACACGUGAGGGAGCUGUUGCACUCAAGUACAGCAUUACGGGGUAUCCUAUGGUUAAGUACUUUGAGUAUGGGGAGUUUAAGUUCGAUCUGAAUGUACGACAAGCCAAGGAGAUUGUUGCCUUCAUGAAAGACCCCAAGGAACCUCCACCACCACCACCUCCAGAAGCUCCCUGGGAGGAUGAGCCGUCUGAGGUGAUUCAUCUCACAGACGAAACUUUCAAGACUGUUCUGAAGAAGAAGAAAAAUGUUUUGGUGAUUUUCUAUGCACCAUGGUGUGGUCACUGUAAAGCUGCCAAGCCGGAAUUUGCCAAAGCUGCCGAGCAUUUCAAGGAUGAUCCUAAAUUUGAGCUUGCUGCGGUGGAUUGCACAAAACACCGGGAAACUUGUUCAGCAUAUGAAGUGCAAGGAUAUCCAACGAUAAAGUACUUUAGCUACCUCAGGACUGUCAAGGAAUAUACCGGAGGCAGGAAAGAGAAGGACUUUGUGGCCUAUUUGAAAGCCGGUGGUGAACUGGAGGAAAAGGAAGAAGCUCCAGAGGAGACAUUUGGGGAGUUUCCAGGAUCAGAGCACAUUAUUCAUGCCAAUGAUAAGACAUUCGAUAAGAUUGUGGAGGAGAACAAAAAGGCAUUUGUUUUCUUUUAUGCGUCUUGGUGUGGACACUGCAAAGUGGUAAAGCCCGUGCUCUCGCAAGUUGCCGAGGACUUCUCCAAGGUGGAAGGAGGUGCAAAAGUAGUGGCAAUUGAUGCUUCUGUGAAUUCCAAUGUUGCCAAGAGAUUCAAAAUUAAUGGAUUCCCUAAAUUCAAGAUGCUCAUUGAUGGGCAGGUUGUGAGUGACUUCACGGGCGAACGCACACGAACAGGCUUCACGGAGUACAUCAAGAGGGAUGGCCAAAGCACAAAGGAAGAGCUUUAAUUUUUUUUUACCACACUUGUUGAUUGCAAAAUCUCACCGCGCGAAAAACAAUCUGGUAGGAUGAUAUUUUCUUUCCUUUUUUCGGUUUAUUUUUUUUUGUAACUUUGGCAUUCCAUGAGGAGGUGUUUUGUCACAAAAGGAAGAUGAAAAAAAAAUUGUAUCGUUGGUGUCUGGAAAAUAUUCUUUGGGUCGACACACAUUUUUUGUAUUUAGAUCUUUUUGACACCACGGAUAAAAAAAAGUAUUUUUUGUAAUAAAGAUGAAUUUUGCAGGAAAA